AUGGUUUACAGACAUUGCUUUGAAUCCAAACUAAAGAUAAUCUUUUCCUAUCUCGCAAUAAUAAUCACAAAACCAAGAAGUAAUACUCUUUCAUUCUCGAUGCAGGUGGCAGUUGAUGCUUGUUUGUUCCUUUUACAUUUGCAGUAUCUGUUGCAUAGUAGUUUUGAGGCAUUUGACGUCCUUAUGUACAUUUCAUUUCAUAUUACCUAUUUACAGCAGUCUUUUGUUUAUGUUUUUUAUCCUAGAGUAGUUGUAGAUGCCAAAAACCUAUAUUUUCAGCUAAACAGGCAUCGUGACUCCUCAUUUCCUGAAGCAUUUCUUCAAAUAGCAUUUGCGGUGGUUCUUAACAAGGUUUAUUUGGUGUCUCCUGAGAGGUCUGAAGAUGCUCUAGAAGAGCUGAAGAAUGAGAUACAUAGCAAAAACUCCCUUGCCAAUAUCAUUCGUUCUGUUCGGUGUCAAGUAGACUUGUCUCAGAUACUGAACCGGCAAGCAUAUGACACUACACAUGCCACUCAUUUAGAAGCACUCUUAGAAGAAAGCAAAUCUAUAUCUUCCAGAGAUCUUCAUGAUAGUGGUGUGGGGACAUUAUGCAUUAAUCAGACACAAGCUGUUGAUCUUCAUAAGAUCCGUUUAUGGAUUAAGGAGAUUCUUUGGGAUAAGAAGCAUGGAAUGGAUGUCUAUCGCUGCAAAGGGGUUUUAAGUGUUCAAAACUCCGAUCAUCUACAUACUUUGCAGGCUGUAAGAAAGAUAUAUGAGAUUGUUCCGGCUCGCCAAUGGAGAAAGAAGAAAAAACAGAUGAACAGGAUAGUGUUUAUUUCUCAUAAUCUGGAUGAAAAUAUUCUCAGUGAUUCCUUUCGAGGUUGUAUAUGA